ACACGCCCUGGACGCGCUGGAAGUGGUCUAGUACCCUGGGUUCCAGCUCCAUGGCGGGACCGCGCGGCGCACUUGGCCAUCCUCCUGGUCCAGCCCUGCCACUCGGAGGGCCCCGCAGGCGCCGCGCAGAGUUCCCGGCCCUUCCCAUCGGGCUCUGGAGGAGCCUGCAAAGACUGGCUUUGCAUACUCGCCGAGUGAACUGUCGGAACUCUAACGCCUGCAACCUGCAUGCUACAAGGACCCCCGGGAUGGCCACCCGCGGGCGCUGGACAGCCAAGUACUCCAACUUCCAGUCUAUACUCACACAGUCGCCCAGACUGCUGCUGCUGCUCCUGUCACUGGUAAGCCGCGUCUCCACACAGGAUGCAGCCCCUGGCGCUGCAUUUCUAUCCCUGGGUCUCUCCGGGACUUCGGGGGUCCCUACCGAGGAAGCUAUAGUGGUGGCGAACCGCGGGCUCCGUGUGCCCUUCGGUCGCGAAGUCUGGCUGGAUCCGUUGCGUGACUUGGUGCUGCAGGUGCAGCCAGGAGACCGCUGCACAGUGGCCGUGCUAGACAACGACGCGCUGGCCCAGCGGCCCGGCCGCUUGAGUCCCAAGCGUUUUGCGUGCGACUACGGCCCGGGUGAGGUGCGUUACUCGCACCUGGGUGCUCGCAGCCCUUCCCGCGACCGCGUCCGGCUGCAGCUGCGCUACGAUGCUCCAGGAGGGGCCAUAGUCUUGCCAUUGGCACUAGAGGUGGAAGUGGUUUUCACCCAGCUGGAGGUUGUGACUCGGAAUUUACCUCUGGUCGUGGAAGAACUGCUAGGGACCAGUAAUGCCCUGGAUGCUCGGAGCUUAGAGUUCGCCUACCAGCCUGAGACCGAGGAGUGCCGCGUGGGCAUCUUGUCAGGUUUGAGCGCUUUGCCUCGUUAUGGAGAACUCCUGCACUACCCACAGGUCCCGGGAGGGACCGGAGAGAGAGGGUCCUCCGAGACCCCUUUGAUGGACUGCAAAGCAUUCCAGGAGCUGGGAGUGCGCUAUCGUCACACAGCCCUGAGUCACUCACCUAACAGGGACUGGCUGCCUAUGGUGGUGGAGAUACAUUCAAGAGGGGCUCCAGUGGGCAGCCCGGCUUUAAAGCGUGAGCAUUUCCAGGUGCUUGUGAGGAUCCGGGGAGGUGCGGAGAACACUGCGCCCAAGCCCAGUUUCGUGGCCAUGAUGAUGAUGGAGGUAGACCAGUUUGUACUGACUGCUCUCACUCCAGACAUGCUGGCAGCAGAGGAUGCUGAAUCCAACCCGGACCUUUUGAUUUUCAACCUCACCUCUGCCUUCCAGCCUGGGCAAGGCUACUUGGUGAGCACUGAUGAUAGAAGCCUGCCUCUGUCCUCCUUUACACAGCGGGAUUUGCGCCUGCUGAAGAUUGCCUACCAGCCUCCCUCUGAAGACUCCGAUCAGGAGCGCCUCUUUGAGCUAGAGCUGGAGGUAGUGGACCCUGAAGGAGCAGCCUCAGACCCUUUCGCCUUCAUGGUGGUGGUGAAACCCAUGAACACACUGGCUCCAGUGGUCACACGGAACACUGGCCUCAUUCUCUAUGAGGGUCAGUAUCGGCCACUCACGGGUCCUGUAGGCAGUGGACCCCAGAACUUGGUCAUCAGUGAUGAAGAUGACCUAGAAGCUGUGAGACUGGAGGUGGUGGCCGGGCUCCGGCAUGGUCACCUUGUUAUUCUGGGUUCUCCCAGUAGUGACCCUGCUCCCAAGACCUUCACUGUGGCUGAGCUGGCCGCUGGCCAGGUGGUCUACCAGCAUGAUGACAGAGACGGUUCACUGUGUGACAACUUGGUGCUGCGCAUGUCAGAUGGAGGAGGCAGGCACCAGGUCCAGUUCCUGUUCCCUAUCACUCUGGUGCCUGUGGAUGACCAGCCACCUGUCCUGAACGCCAACACUGGGCUGACAGUGGCAGAGGGUGACACCGUGCCAAUCCCGCCCUCGACUCUGAGUGCAACUGAUAUGGACUCGGAUGACUCUCAGCUGCUUUUUGUACUGGAGCCGCCCUUCUCAAGCUCAGGACGCCUGCUUCUCCGCCAAACGCAUGCUCCCCAGGAAGAGCAGGGUCUGUGGCACAAACAAGGGUCCUUUUAUGAGCGAAUGGUGACAGAGUGGCGGCAACAGGAUAUAACGGAGGGGAAACUCUUCUACAGGCACUCGGGGCCCCACAGCCCUGGGCCAGUGAUGGACCAGUUCCUGUUUAGAGUCCAAGACAAUCAAGACCCCCCUAAUCAGUCUGGGAUCCAGAGGUUUGUAAUACGCAUCCAUCCCGUGGACCGUCUCCCUCCAGAACUGGGCAGUGGUUGUCCCCUUCGGAUGGUGGUACAGGAAUCCCAGCUCACACCACUGAGGAAAAGGUGGCUGCACUACACUGACCUAGACACAGACGACCGAGAGCUCCACUACACAGUGACCCAGCCCCCUACGGACACAGAUGAGAACCACUCACCGGCUCCGCUGGGGACUCUGGUCUUCACUGAUAAUCCCUCAGUUGUGGUGACCCAUUUUACCCAAGCCCAGGUCAACCAUCAUAAAAUUGCUUACAGGCCCCCAGGGCAGGAGCUAGGAGUAGCAGCCCGAGUGGCUCAGUUCCAGUUCCAAGUAGAGGAUCGAGCUGGGAAUGUGGCUCCAGGCACCUUCACCCUCUACCUGCAGCCUGUGGAUAACCAGCCCCCCGAGAUUGUCAACACGGGCUUCACUGUUGAGGAGAAGGGCCACCACGUCCUUCGUGAGACUGAGCUGCAUGUGAGUGACGUUGACACGGAUGUGGCCCACAUCUCGUUCACUCUCACACAGGCCCCCAAACAUGGCCACUUGCAAAUAUCUGGACGGCCACUGCAUGUAGGAGGACAGUUCCGUUUAGAGGACAUAAAGCAGGGCAGAAUUUCCUAUCUGAAUAGUGGGGACGAAUCUUUGACUGACAGCUGCUCCCUGGAGGUCAGCGACAGACACCACGUGGUGCCAAUCACUCUCAGAGUGAACGUUCGGCCAGCGGACCGUGAAGGUGCUAUGUCAGUCCUUCCUGCUGGUACUCUGGAGUCCUAUCUAGAUGUUUUGGAGAAUGGGGCUACCGAAGUCACUGCCAACAUCAUUAAGGGGACCUAUCGGGAUACCGAUGAUUUGAUGUUGACUUUCCUGUUGGAAGGUCCGCCCUUAUAUGGGGAGAUCCUGGUCCACGGAGCUCCAGCCGAGCAGUUCACCCAGAGGGACAUCCUGGAGGGCUCUGUUGUCUACGCUCAUACCAGUGGUGAGAUUGGCCUGUUGCCCAAAGCAGACUCUUUUAACCUGAGUCUGUCAGCUAUGUCUCAAGAAUGGAGAAUUGGUAGCAGUGUUAUCCAAGGCGUUACUGUGUGGGUGACCAUCCUCCCCGUGGACAGCCAAGCCCCUGAAAUUUCUGUUGGUGAGCAGUUUGUGGUGCUGGAAGGGGACAAGAGUUUGAUAAGCCUGACCCACCUAAGUGCUGAGGACGUGGACUCCCUCAUGGAUGACCUCUUGUGCACAAUAGUCAUUCAGCCAACCUCGGGCUAUGUAGAGAACAUUUCUCCAGCACCAGGCUCAGAAAAAUCAAGGGCUGGGAUUGCCAUAAGUGCCUUCACGCUGAAGGAUCUCAGGCAAGGACACAUUAACUAUGUCCAGAGUGUCCACAGAGGGGUGGAGCCUGUGGAAGACCGCUUUAUAUUCCGUUGUUCUGACGGCAUUAACUUUUCUGAGAGACAGAUUUUCCCCAUUGUAAUCAUUCCUACCAACGAUGAGCAGCCAGAAAUGUUCAUGAGGGAAUUCAUGGUGAUGGAAGGCAUGAGUCUGGUGGUCGAUACACCCAUCCUCAACGCUGCCGAUGCCGACAUUCCCCGGGAUGAUUUAACGUUCACCAUUACCCGGUUUCCGACUCAUGGUCAUAUCAUGAACCAGCUGAUCAAUGGUACAGUGUUGGUUGAAAGCUUCACCUUGGACCAGAUUAUAGAGAGUUCCAGCAUUAUUUAUGAGCAUGAUGACUCUGAGACACAAGAGGACAGUUUUGUGAUUAAGUUGACAGAUGGCAAGCACUCUGUGGAGAAGAUGGCCCUCAUCAUGGUCAUCCCUGUUGAUGACGAGACGCCCAGAAUGGCCAUCAAUAACGGGCUAGAAAUAGAAAUUGGGGAAACCAAAGUUAUCAAUAACAAAGUUCUAGCGGCAACUGAUUUAGACUCUGAUGACAAAUCACUGGUUUAUAUUAUUCGGUAUGGACCGGGGCAUGGCUUGUUACAGAGACGGAAGCCUCUAGGUGUCUUUGAAAAUAUCACGCUAGGCAUGAACUUUACCCAGGAUGAAGUGGACAGGAACUUAAUUCAAUAUGUCCACUUUGGGCAAGAGGGCAUUCGAGACCUAAUUAAAUUCGAUGUGACAGAUGGGACGAAUGCUCUCAUAGACCGCUACUUCUACGUGUCUAUUGGAAGUGUUGACAUUGUCUUCCCUGAUGUGGUAAGUAAGGGCGUGUCCUUGAAAGAAGGUGGCAAGGUCACUCUGACAACCGACCUGCUAAGCACAAGCGACCUGAACAGUCCUGAUGAGAACUUAGUUUUCACCAUUACCAGGGCUCCCAUGAGAGGUCACCUGGAGUGCACGGACCAAAGAGGACUGUCCAUCACUUCUUUCACUCAGCUCCAGCUGGCUGGCAACAAAAUCUACUACAUACACACAGCCGAGGAUGAGGUCAAAAUGGACAGUUUCGAGUUUCAAGUCACCGACGGCCGGAACCCUGUCUUCCGAACUUUCCGGAUCUCAAUCAGCGACGUAGACAACAAAAAGCCAGUGGUCACCAUCCACAACUUGGUGGUCAGUGAAAGUGAAAGUAAGCUUAUCACCCCCUUUGAACUCACCGUGGAAGACAGAGAUACCCCCGACAGGCUCCUAAAAUUCAUCGUCACCCAGGUCCCUGUUCAUGGUCACCUCCUCUUCAACAACACCAGAUCUGUCAUGGUUUUCACCAAGCAAGACUUGAAUGAAAACUUAAUCAGCUACAAACACGAUGGCACAGAAUCCACGGAAGACAGCUUCUCCUUCACGGUGACUGACGGCACCCACUCGGACUUCUAUGUUUUUCCUGAUACAGUGUUUGAGACUAGGAGACCUCAAGUGAUGAAAAUCCGGGUGUUACCUGUUGACAACCGUGUCCCCCAAAUUGUAGUGAACAAAGGAGCUUCUACACUUCGGACUCUGCCCACCGGCCAUUUGGGGUUCAUGAUCACGAGCAAAAUAUUGAAAGUGCAGGACAGAGACAGCCUGCAUUUUUCUCUCAGGUUCAUUGUGACAGAAGCCCCCCAACAUGGCUAUCUUCUCAACCUGGGCCAAGGAAACCACAGUGUCACACAGUUUACCCAAGCUGACAUUGACGACAUGAAAAUAUGCUAUGUCUUGAGAGAGAGAGCAAAUGCCACGAGCGAUGUGUUCCAUUUCAUAGUGGAAGAUGACGGUGGAAACAGGUUAACCAACCAGCAUUUUCGACUGAAUUGGGCAUGGAUCUCUUUUGAAAAGGAGUAUUACCUGAUCAACGAAGAUUCCAAAUUUCUGGAUAUUGUUCUUAAACGCAGAGGAUACUUGGGAGAAACUUCGUUUAUAAGUAUCAGCACAAGGGAUGGGACUGCAGAAAAAGACAAAGACUUCAAGGGUAAAGCUCAGAAACAAGUGCAGUUCAAUCCGGGCCAAACCAGGGCCUCGUGGAGAGUGCGGAUCCUGAGCGAUGGGGAACACGAGCACUCCGAGACCUUCCAAGUGGUUCUCUCUGAGCCGGUGCUGGCAGUCCUGGAGUUCCCGGAAGUGACUACGGUGGAGAUCAUUGACCCAGGCGAUGAAUCAACCGUGUUCAUUCCCCAGUCUGAAUACUCAGUUGAAGAAGAUGUGAGCGAGCUGUUCAUUCCCAUCAGGAGGAGUGGAGACAUCAGCCAGGAGCUGAUGGUGAUCUGCUAUACACAGCAAGGGACAGCAACCAGCACUGUGCGGACAUCCGUGCUGUCUUACUCUGACUACAUCUCCAGGCCUGAGGACCACAGCAGCGUGAUCCGCUUUGACAAAGAUGAACGUGAGAAAAUGUGUCGUGUGGUGGUGAUUGAUGACUCGUUGUACGAAGAGGAAGAGACUUUCCAGGUCCUUUUGAGCAUGCCCAUGGGCGGGAGGAUCGGCAACAAGUUUCCGGGAGCCAAUGUGACCAUCCUCACAGACAAGGAUGAUGAGCCUGCCUUCUACUUUGGGGAUACCCAGCAUUCGGUGGAUGAAAGUGCUGGCUACGUGGAGGUGCAGGUGUGGAGGACGGGGACCGACCUCACGAAGCCUUCUAGUGUCACGGUGAGGUCCCGGAAAACAGAACCUCCCUCUGCAGACGCUGGAACAGAUUAUGUGGGAAUCAGUCGCAAUUUAGACUUCGCACCUGGCGUCAGCAUGCAGACCGUUCGCGUUGUCAUCCUCGAUGACCUGGGACGACCAGUGCUGGAGGGAAUCGAGAAGUUUGAACUGGUACUUCGAAUGCCUAUGAACGCUGCCCUUGGCGAACCCAGCAAGGCCACCGUGUCCAUAAAUGACUCUGCCUCAGACUUGCCCAAAAUGCAAUUCAAAGAAAGAGUGUACACUUGCAGCGAAAAUGAUGGACACGUGGUUGCAAUGAUCUACAGGAGUGGUGACCUCCAGCACAGGUCUUCUGUGAGAUGCUACACGAGGCAGGGGUCUGCCCAGGUGAUGAUGGAUUUUGAAGAACGCCCAAAUACCGACAUUUCCAUUGUCACAUUCCUCCCUGGUGAGUCGGAGAAGCCGUGUGUCCUUGAACUGAUGGACGAUGAUCUCUAUGAGGACGUGGAGGAGCUGCGCCUGGUCCUCGGCACACCACAGGGCAGCUCUGCCUUUGGAGCUGCAGUGGGCGAGCAGAACGAAACCCUGAUAAAGAUCCAGGAUGAUGCUGACAAAGCUGUUAUCAAAUUUGGAGAAACCAAAUUUAGUGUCACUGAACCCAGCAGACCAGGAGAGUCGGUGGUUGUCAAAAUUCCGGUGAUCCGCCAAGGAGACACUUCGAAGGUUUCCAUCGUGAGAGUGCACACCAAGGAUGGCUCGGCUACCUCUGGAGAGGAUUACCACCCUGUGUCGGAAGAAAUCGAGUUUAAGGAAGGGGAAACGCAACACACUGUUGAAAUUGAAGUAAUCUUCGAUGGGGUGAGAGAGAUGAGAGAGGCUUUCACUGUUCACCUUAAACCGGAUGAAAAUAUGGUAGCAGAGACACAGACAACCAAGGCCAUUGUAUAUAUAGAAGAAAUCAACAGCAUGGCAGAUGUCACCUUUCCUUCUGUCCCUCACAUUGUGUCCUUGAUGGUAUAUGAUGACACUUUCAAAGGCAGAGAGGACGCUGGACCUGUUUCUGGCUAUCCUAUCAUCUGCAUUACGGCCUGCAACCCCAAAUAUCCAGACUAUGACAAAACAGGCUCUAUUUGUGCCAGUGAGAACAUCAACGACACUCUGACCCGAUACAGAUGGCUGACCAGUGCUCCCACUGGCCCGGAUGGUGUAGCCAGCCCUAUGAGAGAGGUGGACUUCGACACCUUCUUCACAUCAUCCAAGAUGAUCACACUAGACUCCAUAUACUUUCAGCCAGGCUCUCGGGUACAGUGUGCGGCCCGAGCAGUGAACACCAAUGGGAACGAAGGCCUGGAACUAAUGAGCCCCAUCGUCACCAUUGCCAGAGAGGAAGGUCUCUGUCAGCCCCGUGUGCCUGGGGUAGUGGGGGCAGAGCCGUUCUCAGCAAAGUUGCGCUACACUGGCCCGGAGGACCCAGACUUUGCCAACCUCAUCAAGCUCACGGUCACGAUGCCACACAUAGACGGCAUGCUCCCGGUCAUCUCCACGAGAGAGCUGUCCAACUUUGAGCUGACGCUCAGCCCAGAUGGCACAAGAGUUGGGAAUCACAAAUGCUCCAACCUGCUGGACUACAGUGAAGUGAGGACCCACCAUGGCUUCCUGACUAAUGCCACGAAGAACCCGGAGGUCAUUGGAGAGACCUAUCCUUACCAGUACAGUGCGCCGGUCAGGGGUUCCAGCACCUUACGCUUCUACCGAAACCUGAACCUGGAGGCCUGUCUGUGGGAGUUUGUCAGCUACUACGACAUGUCGGAGCUCCUGGCUGACUGUGGAGGAACCAUCGGGACCGAUGGCCAGGUCCUCAACCUCGUGCAGUCCUACGUGACCCUUCGAGUUCCUCUGUAUGUUUCCUACGUGUUCCACUCCCCCGUGGGCGUGGGAGGCUGGCAGCAUUUCGACUUGAAGUCCGAGCUCCGGCUCACAUUCGUGUACGACACUGCCAUCUUGUGGAACCAUGGGAUCGGCAGCCCCCCGGAAGCUGAACUGCAAGGCUCUCUCUAUCCAACCAGCAUGCGCAUUGGUGAGGAGGGACGCCUGGCUGUGAACUUCAAGACAGAAGCUCAGUUCCACGGCUUGUUUGUGCUGUCCCAUCCUGCUUCCUUCACCAGCUCAUUGAUUGUGUCAGCUGACCAUCCGGGCCUCACAUUUUCCCUCCGCCUUAUACGGAGUGAACCAACCUACAAUCAGCCAGUCCAGCAGUGGAGUUUCAUCUCAGACUUUGCAGUUCGUGACUACUCGGGCACCUACACAGUAAAGCUGGUGCCUUGCACCACCCCAUCCAACCAGGAGUACCGUUUGCCGGUCACCUGCAACCCCAGAGAGCCUGUCACCUUUGACCUUGACAUUCGAUUCCAACAGGUCAGCGACCCCGUGGCAGCUGAGUUCAGCCUGAACACCCACAUGUAUCUGCUGUCUAAGAAGAGUCUCUGGUUGUCUGAUGGGUCCAUGGGAUUUGGGCAGGAGAGCGAUGUUGCCUUUGCAGAAGGGGACGUGAUUUAUGGUCGUGUCAUGGUGGAUCCUGUCCAGAACCUUGGUGACUCCUUUUACUGCAGCAUUGAGAAGGUGUUCUUAUGCACGGGGGAUGAUGGCUACGUGCCCAAGUACAGCCCGGCAAAUGCAGAAUAUGGCUGCCUGGCUGAUUCUCCUUCACUCUUACAUAGAUUCAAAAUUGUGGAUAAGGCUCAGCCAGAGACACAAGCCACAAGCUUUGGAGAUGUCCUGUUUAACGCCAAACUGGCGGUGGAUGACCCUGAAGCAGCUCUCUUAGUGAAUCAGCCUGGAUCAGAUGGUUUUAAAGUAGACUCAACGCCACUCUUUCAGGUUGCCUUGGGCCGAGAAUGGUACAUACACACAAUCUAUACGGUGAGGUCAAAGGGCACCUCCCAUCGAGGCAUCGGCAAGAGGAGCCUGGAGUACCAGUAUCACUCUGUGGUGCAGCACGGACCGCCCCAGGCAACUACCAAGAGCUGGAAGAAGAGAGCAGUCAGGAGCACGCCCUCACUCGCAGGGGAAAUCGGUGCCGAGAACAAUCGAGGAACAAAUAUCCAACACAUCUCCCUGGACCGCCGUGGCAAGAGGCAGGUCCCCCAUGGAAGAAUUCCUCCUGACGGCAUCCUGCCCUGGGAGCUCAAUAGUCCCAGCUCUGAAAUGAGCCUUGUCACUGUCCUGGGAGGCAUCUCGGUGGGUUUGCUUGCUGUCUGCUUGGCUGUGGCCGUGGCAGUCAUGUGCAGGAACCGGAGUAUCAAGGGCAAGGAUGCUCCAAAGGGCUCUGGGAGCACUGAGCCCAUGAUGUCCCCGCAGAGCCACUACAAUGACAGCUCAGAGGUGUGAUGACCUUCUCUUCGAGUGCCUCAGAGGACGGGGCAGGAACCCCGACUGCUUGGGGGCAGCGGCAGAGAACCGAGAACUUUCUGUG